GGAAAUAGAGAUCUGUUAGUAAAUAUUCCCUGCUGAUUUUCCAAAAUAUUGAAUGCUUAGAACAAAGUAAUUGUUAGCUUCUUUUAAUUUGUGGUGUUAUUUAUUACAUUCAUACGGAGAAAAUCCUUGUAUUGUAAGUAUUUCAUACCUUGCAAAAAACUCGUCAAAAUUACUUAGGAUGGGUCGAAUUUUUCUUGAGCAUCCAGGUGGAAAUCGCUUAUUUUCGUGUGCUUCAUGUGACACCGUCCUCACCAACCGUUCCGAGUUAAUCAGCACUCGCUUCACGGGGGCAACUGGACGUGCCUUCUUAUUCAGUAAAGUGGUCAACCUGACCUACAGGUGUGAGGUUCAGGAUCGCGUUAUGCUCACAGGGCGUCACAUGGUGAGAGACGUAUCCUGUAAAAAUUGUGACACUAAAUUGGGUUGGAUUUAUGAAUUUGCGACGGAAGAAAACCAACGCUACAAGGAAGGGCGAGUAAUUUUGGAGAGGGCAUUGGUCACAGAAAGCGACGGCAUUGAGGAGAGAGAAGCGCCGCCAGGUUCUGCUGCUAUCCAACUACAACAACAAUGAACACUAUGCAUAGUUAGUUUAAUCUCAGGGGUCGUAGGACGCGCAUUGCUAAAUGGAUUACAUAGUUGUCGUCGUGGUCAUUGAGUCAGUCUGUCCCUAGUUUGCGACAUGACUAAUUGCAACAAUAUGUAUGCUUUAAAUUUUCCCAGUUAUUUACUCGCUGUUACAUAUAUAUAAUCAUACUUUUUUGUACUACCUCGUUUUACCAUAUCGUUUAUUUUACAUUCGCUAUCUAGCUUUAAAUGUAAACGUGUUACUUUAUGAACGACAAAAUUAUUUCUUCAUAUACAGUUAUGAAAUUUUCUAUUAAAAGUUGCAAGUAAAGUUGCACAUUUUAUGACGGA